GAUCAUCUCCAAGGAGAUUGACAUGCUCAGGAACAAGGAGGCCAUACUGCAGGCUGUCAAUGGCGUGCUUCAGGAAAGGCUUUUUUUCAUGAUGGAAUGAUUUUCAUUUGAUGUAUUCUUCUUUCUUCAUGAUAUUAAAUGAGAACUUGCCAACUAGGGGUUUUGAACUACUCAUUUUAUGAAGUCACACUUGAUAUUCUUCUUCAAUUUAGAUAUACACAUAUGUAGCCCUAACAGUGAGACAUUUUGAAACAGUGGAAUGCCAGAGUGCAAACUUGGCUUGAAUGAUAGGGUUCAUUUGAUGUAUUAAGGCAGAGCAACUAAAGGCAAAGCGAUAGACCUCGAUGAUAUCAAAUUUCAUCAGUGCGUACGUUUGGCUAGAUUUGAGAAUGAUAGAACUAUAUCGUUCAUACCUCCUGAUGGAUCUUUUGAUCUAAUGACAUACAGGCUUAGCACUCAGGUAAAACCUCUUAUCUGGGUCGAAGCACAGAUUGAGAAACAUUCUAGAAGCCGUAUAGAACUCAUGGUGAAGGCAAGGAGUCAGUUUAAGGAAAGAAGCACAGCAACGAAUGUUGAAAUUGAAGUGCAUGUUCCUUCAGAUGCCACAAACCCAAAUAUAAGAACUUCAAUGGGGUCUGCUGCAUAUGCUCCUGAGAGAGAUGCAAUGGUUUGGAAAAUAAAAUCAUUCCCUGGUGGCAAGGAAUACAUGUGCAGAGCAGAAUUUAGUCUUCCUAGCAUAACAGCGGAAGAAGGGGCCCCAGAAAAGAAGGCGCCGAUACAGGUGAAAUUUGAGAUACCAUAUUUCACCGUAUCAGGUAUUCAGGUAAUAGGUUUGCUGUUUGCCGAUACUUGUCAAUGGUUCUAGCAUUCUAUCUACUGUAUCUUAUUUGGAGUCUUCAGCCUCUGAAUGCUUUGCUAUAUAUUGUCUCUGUAUGCUUGAUUAUGCAAGUAGAUUAUUCAGACAGUACAUACAUUUUUAGCUGUAUUUAUUCUUGUUUCUAUUCGGUGCUUCGUUCAAGUCUGCAACUUAGCAGAUUAUGCUAUAUUCUUGAACAAGAAACUUUUUUGGAUGCACAUUUUUGUAGUGUUUAUUACAUGUAGGGGUUACACUAUUUAGUUCGAUUACUUCGAUUCUAGGACUGCCAAGCGUCUUCUGUAGUGUUUAUUCUUGUUCGAUUCUAGGACUGCGAUUUUAGUUAAUUUACUUCGAUUCUGGGACUGCCAAAAUACAGACAGGGGCUGCGAUUUUAGUUAGUUUACUUCAAUUCUGGGACUGCCAAAAUACAGACAUGGGUUACACUGUUUAAUCAAGUGCAAUAGUUUUUAUAUGAUGCUCGCUGCCUAAAGAAGUGUAGUUGUGGAUAUUGUUUUUCUGUGACCUGUUUAGUUUCAGUUUUCAGUGUAUCAGGUUGCAUUUUUGAAGUGAAAACACGGUGUUUUAGAUUUUAGAGAGUGUAACCUGUGUCGUUUAAGAUUUUAGACAAUUUGCUGGAACUGAGUUGUACAUUCUGCAACCUGAUACACUACAAACUGCACUUCUAAAAACCUAUCCCAGAAAGAAACACAUACAAAGUUCACAAACAGAGUUCACUAAAACACAGACACGUGGUUCUCCAUAAACUUGUUCGGGUCGACGGGGCGGAAGCGACUCACCCUGCCAUCCUCGUCGCGCCUGACAGCCACUACGGUGGCGGCGGACGACGGGGCCAAGAUGAAGGGCCUCUUCAAGACCAACCCACGGAUGCCCGUCGACAUCGUGCGGUAGACACGCGAGUGCCUCGUCCACCUUGACCUCCACUCAAGAUUCAGUGGUGACGACUGACGAAGGAGAUCCUACCGAACUGGCUUUGAGGAUAAACAGUCUGCACGCGCUCAUAUAGCUCAAAACAUGAUGUAUUCAUAAAUUGAUACUUUACAAACUUAUGUGUGUUUGUUAAUAUAUCUUUUUGUUCUUUAUAAAUCUUGUAACCUUUUCGUUCGGUGACAAUCACAUUCGUGUUGAUAUGGCAUGCCCUCGCAAAGAAACUUCGAGGAGAAGGACCUCUAUAUGACAGAAAGAAAACCGUGUUUGUUGGGAUUGAGGAACCUUCCAUUUGAUGUAAAG